GUCUUACAGGAUUGCAUCCUUUUACAUCAUUUUAUAUAUUAACAGGAAAGCAGUCUCAUCUGUGAUGCUGGGGCCACCCUACAACCAUACAAUGGAACCCCCUGCCAUCGUCCUGGUGGGUAUUCCAGGUUUGCAAUCUUCACAUCUUUGGCUGGUUAUCUCACUGGGCAUCAUGUAAACCAUAGCCCUGUUAGGAAACACCCUCAUAGUGACUGUAAUUUGGAUGGAUUCCACUCUACAAGAGCCCACGUACUGCUCCCUGUAUAUUCUGGCUGCUGUGGACAUUGUUAUGGCCUCCUUGGUAGUGCCCAAGAUGGUGAGCAUUAUCUCCUUAGGAGACAGCUUCAUCAGCUUUAAUGCUUGUUUCACUCAGAUGUAUUUUGUCCAUGCAGCCACAGCUGUGGAGACAGGGCUGCUACUGGCCAUGGUUUUUGACUGCUGUGUGGCCAUCUGUAAGCCCCUACACUACAAGAGAAUUCUCACACCUCAAGUGAUACUGGGAACGAGUGUGAUCAUCACUAUCAGAGCUAUCAUAUUCAUGACUCCACUGAGUUGGAUGGUGAGUCAUCUGCCUUUCUGUGGCUCCAAUGUGGUUCUCCAUUCCUACUGUGGGCACAUAGCUGUGGCCAAGUUGGCAUAUGCCGACCCUAUGCCCAGUAGUCUCUACAGCUUGAUCGGUUCCUCCAUUACUGUGGGUUCUGAUGUGGCCUUUAUUGCUGCCUCCUAUAACUUGAUUCUUCAGGCAGUAUUUGGUCUCUCCUCAAAGAAUGCUCAGUUGAAAGCAUUAAGCACAUGUGGCUCCCACAUGGGGGUUAUGGCUCUGUACUAUCUACCUGGGAUGGCAUCCAUCUAUGUGGCCUGGCUAGGGAAGGACAUAGUGCCUUUGCACAUCCAGGUGCUGUUAGCUGACUUGUACAUGAUCAUCCCACCAACCUUAAACCCCAUCAUCUAUGGCCUGAGAACCAAACAAAUAAGGGAGCAAACAUGCAGCUUGCUGAUGCACUGCCUCUUUAACCACUCCAACCUGGGUUCAUGA